AAACACACACAUAUUUGAUAUACUAGCAUAUAUAUAGGCAUCAUCAUCAAGACAGCAACCCCGAGCCGGUUAGCGCACAGUCGCACACACAUUCUCUGAGACAAGACGCCGGGGCGAUACGACACCUACAGCAGAGAUCCGCAGCGACGCGGCCAUCGAGUGCACAAUUUCUCGGAAUUCUAUCGAGGCCAUCCUUUUUGGAUAUUGUCAGAAUUACAGUGCGAGAAAAGACUGAGCAUCCCGAUAAAAGAAAGACUGACCGGUGAAAAAAUCUUUCAGUUUUAUCAGAACAUUCGUGAGCGCGACGCACUGCUCUUCGAGAACAAAGGAAGCUCUGUAAACAGGUGUCCUGAAGGUAUUAAAAUCAUAUCUACAAUGUCAUCGAAGAACAAAAACAAACCAAAUGCCUUCUCCUGCUUCAUGUGGGAAUGGAAGAGACAGGAAGAGAGAAAAGGUAGGACCUUUCCAAACGGUUUGAAAGAUGUUCAAACUGAUCCACAAUUUAACGAUGCAUGGAAGAAUUUACCAGAUAAUGAGAAAGCACGUUACAAAACAAUGGCAAAGCAAACUAAAGAACAGCCAGUAUUGGUUAAAAGAACUGGUCUUGGAGAAAAACUAUGUGAUAUUGAAAGAGCCGAGCAAAAAAGACUAGAGUUUUUAGAAAAAAUGACAGAGCAUAUCACAUCAGAAGUACGUGCAGGAAAAGAGCGCAAUGCCAUACAAAAAUUGACAUUUUAUGUUGUACACAUUAAUUACUUCUAUGGGCGUGUUAUGGACAAUAACGAACUUGAAUAUUAUCCAGCUGAGAUUGCAGUUGCUGAAUUUUCUCUUGAAAAGGGUGUGACAAGGAUUUAUCAUGAAAUCAUCAAUGAAAAGAUUAAGUUAGGAUUUACAAGCAUGGCAAAAGAUCAUAGUUCAAAUACUCAUGAAAUUCCAUUAAAUCCACCAUUUGGUAAAAAUAAUUAUCAAGAAAUUUUUAAGGACAUCUGCAAGUUUAUUGAACCAGGAAAAAAAAAUGGACUUCUUCCUCCUGUGUAUACAAUGCACACAGUAGAAGAUGUUUAUCUUCCAGUUAAAUCUGUGUUGAGCAGAUUAGCAGCUGCUGAUCAAAAACCUGAUGAAUACUUGAGAUUGUAUUCAUUUGAAGAUUUAUUUGCAACCAUUUGCAAUGCUAUGUUCGAACAAGUUGGAGAUGUCAAAAUUGAACCAUUAGUAGCAAAAAUCGAACUUAAAAGAGAUCCAUUUGCUUACAAGUUGGGCUUGGAAUGUCAAUUUCAUAGUGAUUUGAAAGCUGGUGUACUCUAUUGUAGCCAAUCUUACACAAAACGUUGGAUUUUUGUGCUUUGUCACCAUUGUUGCAAAAGAUUAGGCAUAACUAUGAUCCCAGGAAUUCAUAUGCCAAUAGAAAAUCCUAUAUCACCGGAUGGUACAGGACGUUUGAAUUCAUCUUUCAGUAGCUUGAGUUUAAAUGAUAGCAGAAUAGCAAGUUCAGCUCUAUCUAUGUCAGGAACAAAAUCUAUGACAGGAGUUAGUAAUGAUUAUAGAAUAAAAGUCUCAGAAAGAACUGCAAAAGAAGAACUACGUCGUAGAGCUGAAGCUGAAGCAAAACCACUUGUUAUUAUUGAUCACAGUAAAAUAAACUCAUCAAAGGUUCAAGAGCCCAUUGAGAGACCUCUUCGCCUCCCUCAUACCCGGAGUGCUUACAUCGAUAGCACGGACACAGAGAGUAUUGAUCUAAGUGAAAAUAGUUUUCCUUGCAUGGGAAGAGGCACUGGAAGGAAGAAGAAACAAAAUAAAACUGUUGGACAAGGUUAUGCAGACUGUGUAAAAUCAUAAAUCAUCAUUAAUUUUUAAAAAUUUUGAUUUUAGUCAAUCUAUUCAUGAUAAAUAAGAAUAGUUUGCUAUACUAGUUUUUACUUUUUUAGUUCCUAUUUUGUUUUUAAUUCUUGGAUACUUCUUGAUCAUCGUAUUAUUUUUUUAUUGGCAGUUCUUUGUAAGAUGGAAAAUAUCUUCUCAUUUAAGAAUAUUAUUCAUUUCUUUUAUAAUUAAAUACAUUUUGAGUAACUGACAAAAAAUCAUUGUGAUAAAAAAAUUUGGUUUUACUUAUAUAGUACAAGGGUAUUUUAAUAAAAAAAAGUUGAAAAAAGAACAUGUUUAUUGAAUUAGAGAAUCUGAUAAUUCAUAUAUAUAUAUAUAUAUAUAUAUUUGGUUGUUUUACACAUAAUAAUUAAAAAUCCGCGCGCUUCUCAAGAGUUAAAGUAGUCAAUCGCCUUAUCAACCAAGCAACCAUUGGCAUUUGUGAUGUAAACGUGUUUCAUUUGAGCACAUGUUAAGAGUAGUUAUUAGUAUACAAAAUCAGCUGUACACACAUGUCUGUCACGUCAAGAUUUAAUUUCUUAAGAUUUAUUAUUUAACAAUCUAUUGUAUAAAGCAAGAUUUUAAAAUAUUGUAAUUUAUUUAGGGGGAUCUAUUUUAUAAAUAUAUUUGAUAUAA